UGAAAACUGCGAAACCGUAAACUGCACGUCAGCGCGCAAAAGCUCAAUUACGACUCCGCAAGUCACUGCGACGGAGAGGCAAGAAAUUGCCCAUUCAGCCAUUGCGCAACUGAUCACAAGCCGAGACAUGCGAGCUCCCGCAGCGGUCUCACCACACAACUUAAUCUCUGAAAUGCCAGACCCAUAGCCACCGCUCUAUAUUUUCCUUUACUUCCGUCUUCCGCCAUGGAGCGGGAGAGAAAACGCGAACUGCGCGAGCAGAAUGAGAGGGCGUGGGGCGGAGACACAGAUGUAUUUCCGGUGCAGAAUUCCUUGGAUUCAAACCUGAAGAAGAACACAGCCUUCAUUCGGCGCCUACGCACGUCCAUCAACCCACAAUCGCUUAAUGCGUUCCUCCUCGAGGUGCGCUCGCUCUCGCUGCAGAAGUACCUUUCCGAAAUUAUUUCUGCUUGCUACGAGGGCCUGUGCAAACUCAAGUCUCCAGGGGAUAUUAGUGUCGGUGUGGAGGUUGUCAGUGCGUUGCAUCAACGCUUCGGACCUGCGGAGUUUACGGGCUAUCUAGGUUGGAUGAUCGGCCGGGGCUUGAGCACGCCAGAUAAGAGUCAGCUGAAGGCAUUGACGCAAGACGUACGUGAGAGAGAAGAGAAGGAAAGGGUCGCCAGGCAGCGAAUUUUGCUCCGUGUUGCUACCGAGCUGUGGCUCGUUGGAGUGCUGCGCAGCCUCGAGGAUGUUGUACGACCAGAAGAGGCCGGCAAGGCCAGAGAGGGUGCAAAGGUUCCCGAGCCAUCGGCGAAAGCAAAAGCCAGCGCGCGAGGAGAUGCCGAUGCCGAGCCGUUCCCGCUCGAAGUGCUCAAAGAUUUGCUGGGUCACGAUCGCGAACACGUGAACCUUCCGCUUGUCGUCACUUUUGUCAAGACGUUUUCAUGGGACGUCUUGGGUGUUAAGGCAUCGGAAGGUCGGAAGGCGAAUGCCGAGAAUGGUGCUUCCAAAGAUGCGGACGACGAGGCAAGUGUCGAAGAAAACGACGAUGCACACACCGAAGACCCACCGCUUGUCAAGCCUGAGAUACGACAGCGCUUUCACAAUAUCCUCCUGAAGUAUUUUGAGGAUGUCAAGAACCAUGUCAUCCGCGAUCAGAAGAACAUUGUCUCUCAGGGGAAGCGCAAUGCCGAAGCCUAUGUACGCUCCGGAGAGGUCUUCGAGGACAGACAGGCGAACUAUGAAAAGCAAGUCAAGGCCCAGGAGAAGCUCGUCGCAAGCGCUCAGGUACUUGCUGAUGCCCUCGGCGCAGAGAUGCCAGACCUCAAGGAGAAAGAGACCGCUCCAGGAGCUAGCGACGGGAGCAUUGGGCUUGUCAAAACUGGCGAAUAUCUGCGCGGUCAGGGCGAAGGUGCGGGAAUUUGGGAAGAUGAAGACGAACGACGCUUCUACGAAAGUCUAGUCGAUCUCAAGGAUCGCGUGCCGGGCAUUUUGCUUGAGGACAAGAAAAAGAGCAAGGAGACAGAAGAGCCUGUUGGCAAGAAGCCAGAUAUUGGACCGGAAAGUUCCGAGAACAAAACUGGUGAUAAUGACGACGCAUCCAUGACUAUUGCCAACAAGUCUGUUGGUGCACAGGUCGACGCCCUACUUGCUCGUCUGCCCGAAAUCACGAGUAAAGAUGGCGUUGACCAGGCCGCCAUAGACUUCUGCUUUCUGAACUCCAAAGCUUCCCGAAACCGCCUGAUCAAAUGCGUCGAGGAAAUCCCAAAAGGACGUACUGAUUUAUUACCGUUCUACUCUCGCCUUGUAGCUACUUUAGCCAAAUACAUGCCUGACGUUUCACAAGCACUGGUCAGCUAUCUUGAUGAGGAAUUUAGGAGCCUGCAGAGACGAAAGAGCAAGGAUUUCCUUGGCCAGGUUCGCAUGCAGAACGUCCGCUACCUUGCCGAGCUUACAAAAUUCGGUGUCGUUCCAGAACAUGUCAUCUUCCACUGUCUGAAGGUUGCGCUGGACGACUUUUCACGCAUGAACAUUGAGAUCAUGGCAAGCUUGAUGGAAAAUUGUGGGCGCUAUCUCUUGCGCAACCCAGAGACGUCGCCACGCAUGGCUUCUUUCCUCGAGACACUAAACCGCAAGAAGUCCGCUCAGCAUUUGGGUCAGCAGGAGCGAAUGCUUAUCGAAAAUGCGAUGUACUACGUCAAUCCACCAGAGCGUGGCGCUAUCGAGCAGAAGGAGCGGUCUCCGGUCGAUAUGUUCAUCCGCAAGCUUGUGUACCUGGACUUGAAACGUAGCAAUGUGGACAAGAUCACAAAACUCAUUAGAAAAUUGCACUGGGAAGAUGAGGAGGUUAUUACCGUACUAUUUAAAGUUUUCACAAAACCCGGGAAGGUCAAGUGGGUCAACAUCGAACUUCUCGCGACUGUGCUCGGUGCCCUGCGCAAACAUCAUCUCGACUUCGUCAUCUCUGUCAUUGAUACACUAAUUGAACAUAUCACGUUCGGACUUGAGAUCAAUGAUUUCAAGUUCAACCAAAAGCGCAUUGCCGAAGUGCGCUACCUCGGCGAGCUGUAUUGCGAAAAGGUUGUCGACUCGCGCCUCAUUUUUGAUACCUUGUUCAAAAUCAUCACGUACGGGCACGAAGGUGGUGUACCAAAACCAGGGGUCAUAAAUCCACUCGACCUCCCUGACGACUUCUUCCGCAUACGCCUCGCCUGUACGCUAUUAGAUGUCCUCGGCGAGCUUGACGGGGUGUUUGAUAGGGGCCCGGCAAAGAAAAAGCUUGACUUUUUUCUCACCUUCUUCCAGUACUACGUCGCGACGAAAGACGUUCUGCCAAUGGACAUCGACUUUCUGAUUCAGGAUACUUUCUUCAAACUGCGUCCUCAAUGGAAGCUUCUUACUGAGCUUGACGAAGCCGGCCAGGCUUUUGCUGAGCUUGUAAAGCAAAACUAUCAGAAUGCUUCUGCAGAUAGGGCUGAGGAAGAAGCUGAGGAAGAAUCCGCUUCAGACGACGAGAACGAAGAGCCAUCCCUGCGCAAGGACGUCGAUGAAAAGUCUUCCGGCGAGGAGGUUGACGAAUCCGGAAAUGGCGACGAGAGUCCAGACGAUGCAACAGAGGAUGAGUCGGAGGAAGAGCACAUUGUCGUCACUCGCCCAGAAGAUGAGCGUGACCCUGAGGCCGAUGCAGAAUUCGACCGUGAGCUUGCAAAACUCAUGGCAGAAAGCGUUGAGUCACGUAAAUUUGAGCGAAAACCUAUGUUCGAUAUACCUCUUCCGAUGCGACGUAAGGCUGACAGCGGAACCGCGGAGGGUGGCGAUCACACAAGCACAGACACCCCUGCAACAAUGAAAUUCAGCCUACUCAGCAAAAAAGGCACCCGACAGCAGACCAGAUCGAUCGACUUACCUGCGGACUCGACAUUCGCAAUUGCCAUGAAGACACAGCAACAAGCCGAAAGUGAAGAGAAGCAACGCAUUAAAAAUCUUGUUCUCAACUACGACUUGAACUCCGAAGCCGACACAGAUGGCAUAGAGAAGCAACCGCAGAACCCGUAUAACGUCCCGCGACUCGAUAAAGCCGGAAACAGUGCACGUGUGCAACGUGGACGCAGAUUACAAUUAAGCGAUAUGGACUGGUAUGAUUAAAAUAAACUCCCCACAAAUCUCUUGUCAAACAGGAGGCUGCACUUGUAGUAAAGACAUGCCGCUUGAUGCUUGGAAAGAUGCAAUCAAGAAUGUUCAAAGCUACAAGUGUUGAUCGAAGCCUGGUACCUUCAAGGAAUAAAAUUCAAAGUCAGAAUCCUUUGUGCUAACAGCAAGCGUGCGCGCGGCUGGACAGGACCUGAUGUAUCCACGAGAUGUACGGACGAUUCAUCAACUUGAUAUGUGCACAUGAUGUGUACGCUCUCUAAAAGUCUCGGCGAUACAGCGCCCAUUAGCUGGUGACACGACAGUUGAAAAAAAAUCAGCCUGUCCUUCGAUUCACUCGAUCAAAAUCCAGCACGGGUACGCCAAUGGAUUGGUGGAUGAAAGAGCUAAGAAUCGCAGUGGACUUGCCACCAUAGAUGGUGAUGACUGUCGAGAGUAGCUGCAAGGGGACGAAACAAUCGGCUGAACAGCGAGUAUCAACAUCACUUUCUUUAUUACGUCAGAUUACGUUACACACUAACAAGUAGGCAAAGCUGGGAUACAUAGCUAUGUUGAGAUCCUCAUACGGGAGUAGGCUUGCAUUUGUAGAAAUCCAAAUUAUCGAUCGUUUACAUAUGCCUUGACUUGAG